AUGUUUUCAUUAAACAAAAAAUCAUUAACAUUUAUUAUCAAUUCACGUCCUUCGACUUUACUUUUCCUUCGUUCCAAACAUACUAAAAGAUCACAACGAAUUCCGACCCCGUUUGAAAGAGCACCAAUUAUUAUGCACAGUAAAGUCCAACAGAUCGCUUUAGCAAAGGACGAUGAUAAAAGUACUACAGCGGGUCGUACUGUGAAAGUAGGAAAUAAUGCCAUGGCUGGAUAUAGAAAAUUAUGGGCCAUACUCAGUUUUAAUAAAACUCGAUAUCAAGUUAAAAGGAAUCGAUAUUAUGAAAAGCCUUUUCUAAGAAGACAACGCGUUAAAUGGGAAUUUGAACAAAAGAAAUUUAAGGAUGCCGUAAAGAAAAAAAUACAAUUGAUUUUACAAAUGAAAGCAAGAGGUAUAUAA